CAUGCGCCCCUUCUCGUGAAGAAGCUAACAUGGAGGUGUUCGUCAGCUGUCCCGGGCUCCGGUUCUGUCCCGCCGAGUUUCCGGACGGGUCGGUGGUCCGAGACGUUCUGACCCGGUUCAGCCAGCAGCAGGGACUGUCGUCUUCUUCUGUGGUGGAUUUGUAUGUGGUCAGAGAUGGUCACCUGUCUCACCUGGAGGAGCGCCUUCAGCCCGGUGUCGUCUAUCACCUGGAGCCCCGCCUCCGUGGCGGGAAAGGAGGGUUCGGCUCCAUGCUGCGAGCUCUCGGCGCUCAGAUCGAGAAGACGACCAACCGCGAGGCGUGCAGAGACCUGAGCGGGCGCCGCCUCCGAGACGUCAACCACGAGAAAGAGAUGGCGGAGUGGCUGAAGAAGCAGGCGGAGCGGGAGGCGGAGAAGGAGCAGCGGCGUCUGGAGCGUCUGCAGAGGAAACUGUCCCAGCCCAAACACCAGUUCACCGACCCGGAGUACCAGCAGCAGUGCCACGACCUGUCGGAGCGCCUCGAGGACUCCGUCAUCAAAGGUCUGCAGGCGUCGUCCAGCGCUCAGGUGAAGGUCGACGAUGGCACCGCAACGAAGAGACCGAGUGCCGAGCAGAGCGAGCAGCCACAGAAGAAGAAGAAGACGACGACGGCUACAGCAACGGCGUGUUUCUGGACCGGCGUGGACGAGCUGCUGAGCUCAGAGGACGAGGACAACAAUGGGUCUCCGUCCACGUCGUCCUCCAGCAGGGGAGCUGCUGCCGUUACCAUGACGAUGCAGGAGGCGGAGCCUGGUCAGAGCAGCAGGUCCACAGAAGACCAGAGACCCCCAGAGUCCAGAGACAAGACCAUCAGGUCCACAGAAGAUCAGAGACCUCCAGAGUCCAGAGACAAGACCAUCAGGUCCACAGAGGACCAGAGACCUCCAGAGUCCAUAGAGAAGACCAUCAGGUCCACAGAGGACCAGAGACCUCCAGAGGAGUCCAGCAGAUCUGAGCCGGCUCGGUGUCUCGAUCUGUCCUCGGUGUCCUCAGUGGACGAGCUUCAGUCUCUGGGUUUGGACGUCCUGAAGGAGGAACUGAUGUCUCGAGGUUUGAAGUGUGGGGGAACGCUGUCGGAGCGCGCCGCUCGCCUGUUCUCCGUCAGAGGACUCACACCGGAUCAGAUCGACCCGGCGCUGCUCGCCAAACCAGGAAAGACCAAGAGGAAGUGAAGAGGUCAGAGGGCGUCUCCGUGGACGACGGCAGUCAGACGUGUAUCGUCCAAUCAGGAAGCAGCAUGUCAGCUGAUGUUUGUUUUUAUUCUUAAAAUGAUUUUUUAUUAAAAAUGAUUCAAAUGAAA